AUGUCUGACUCCAACGAUAAGGGCAAGGGCAAGGCUCCCCAGCGCCCCGAGCAGGAUGAAGAGGCUAACCCCUCGAACAACAAGGGAGGCUCCGGCACGAAGAAGCUCCCCCCGAAGAUGAUUGAAUCUCUAAUGGAGAUGAACCCUGCGCUGAAAAGCGAGCUCGCCAGUAUGGAUAAAGACAAGGCUGCACAGAUGCUCGCCAACAUGGACAUUUCCCAAUUGUUAACGGGACUCUCGCUCGACGGCAAGAACCAGAAGGACAUGGCCUCAUACAAGUUCUGGCAGACCCAGCCUGUUCCCCGAUUUGAUGAUCAGGCAAGUAAGAAGGAGGUCACUCAGGGCCCCAUCAAGAUCAUCGACCCGGAGCAGGUGUCGAAGACUCCCGAUGCGCUCAUUGAGGGCUUUGAGUGGUGUACUCUGGACUUGACCAACCCGGAGGAGCUGAAGGAAUUGUAUGAGCUGUUGAACAAUCAUUAUGUGGAGGAUGACAACGCCAUGUUCCGAUUCAGCUACUCACAGUCAUUCCUGCACUGGGCUCUGAUGUCUCCUGGCUGGAAAAAAGAAUGGCACGUCGGUGUGCGCGCCACCAAGUCGCGUAAGCUGGUCGCCUCUAUUUGUGGUGUGCCUACCGAAGUUCGUGUUCGCGAUAAGAAGAUCAAGGUGACUGAGAUCAAUUUCCUCUGCAUCCACAAGAAGCUGCGCUCUAAGCGCUUGACUCCUGUCCUCAUCAAGGAGAUCACCCGUCGCUGCUACCUCAAUGGCAUCUUCCAGGCCAUCUACACUGGUGGUGUUAUUCUGCCAACACCCAUCAGCUCGUGUCGGUACUAUCACCGCUCGCUGGACUGGCUGAAGCUUUACGAGGUCGGCUUCUCGCCUCUCCCUCAUGGCUCUACGAAGGCCCGUCAGAUCACCAAGAACCACCUCCCCGAUCACACCGCGACACCUGGUUUGCGACCGAUGAAGGCCAAGGAUAUCGAUGCCGUAUAUGACCUCCUGGAGCGAUACAUGCAACGCUUCCAGCUCAACCAGGCUUUCACACGCGAGGAGAUUGAUCACUGGCUUGUGUACAAGGAAGCUGAAGGCAAGGACCAGGUUGUCUGGUCAUACGUUGUGGAGGACCCGCAGACCCACAAGAUCACAGACUUCUUCUCUUUCUAUAACCUCGAGUCUACUGUCAUCAAUAACCCAAAGCAUGAUACUGUGCGCGCUGCUUAUCUUUACUACUAUGCGACCGAGACAGCCUUCACCGGCAACUCUAAGGCUCUAAAGGAGCGAUUGAUGUUGUUGAUGAACGAUGCUCUGAUUUGCGCCAAGAAGGCCAAGUUUGAUGUUUUCAACGCGCUCACUCUGCACGACAACCCUCUAUUCCUUGAGCAGUUGAAGUUUGGUGCCGGUGAUGGUCAGCUCCACUUCUAUCUGUACAACUACCGUGCGGGACCCGUGCCCGGUGGUAUCAAUGACAAGAACCUCCCCGAUGAGAAGAAGAUGGGGGGCGUUGGAAUUGUCAUGCUGUAA